GCUGUAGCAUUUUCAUUCACACCAGUCUACCAUACACGCUCACAGGCAGACUGAAACAUAGAAUCUUGAUCAAAUUUUAAUAGUACGCUUUGCAUUUUGUCGUAGCCUUUUGCAAUGAUUUGCGUAUCGCGACUGGUCAUCAUCAAUUUGCCCAGUGUCUGGUCAUCCAAGAGAUCCAAAGACUCGGAGGAAAAGGAUAGCAAAGAUUCUGUAAAGCCAGCUGCGCCCAGGGAUUUUCAGAGACCAUUGCAGAUCCACACAAAAAGGGGGUACAUCAAGUGGUUCAACAAGCUGAGCCGCUGCCACAAAACUCGCCAUUUUUCGGGCAGAAUGCAUCCCAGGCUGUAGAAACGAAUUAAAAACCAGGAUCUCACCUCGGUUGUUCCUCACUUGAA